AUGUCCGCCUCCACGGCGUCGCAGGCGACCGCAUCGUGGCCGCACGACUCCCAGUCCGACGACGACUGUCGCGCGCCACCGCUCCUUGGUCAGGCUGGGCUUGGCGCGGGCGCAGACCCGGACCGCGCGCUCUGCCGAAGCGUCCUGGAGCUGCUGGAGAAUGCUGUUGCCGCGUGCGAAGCUGACGACAGCAGAGACCACACGAUCAAGAUCAGCGUCCAGGGCCUGCCUGGUACGAAUAUUUACCAGGUCUGCGUCAGCGAUGACGGCCCGGGCUUUGGCACGGCGCUGGACGCCAUCGGUGACCGCGGCGUUUUGGCUGGGCUUGGCCUGGCCACGGUGAUCCGCUGGGCCGUCAGUACGUACUGGUGGGGCGGGGGCUGCGGGUCCCACCCUGGCCCAGACGAGCUCGCCGAGAUUCUGAGCGUCGCGAGGGGACAGCUGCGGCGGCGCACGUGGGGCGCGGCUCAUCACGCCGACGCCGCCGAGCCGGCAUCGGUGACCGCCCCGCCACAGCUCCUGGAGGACUACGACGGGAGCGGGUCGCAUGUCUCGGCCCUUCUCCUCGGCGGCCGGAAGGCAAUCGACGUGCUGCGAGACGCCAUCGCGUACUCUGCGCAGGCCCUCUGCACUACGUCGUCCCUCACGAUCGAGCUCGACGUAGCCACAUCGCACGGCGAGGCGGGCGCGCGCAGCUACACUGUGCGGCACCAAGUCGAGCCGGUGGUGAUGAGCCGCAUGUUCGUGCAAGCGGGGCCAGCGCCAUCUUUGCCAGGCGUCGAGCAGCUGCUCCACUCGCUCCAGGACGAGCUCCGCGAUUGCGUGGUUGUGCCUGCCGCCGAGACCACGCUCGGCGCCGAGUCGGAGUCCCAAGGAGGCCCGCCCGCAGCUGAGAGCGGCAGAGUGAUUGCCGCACACGGUGCUGGGCGCGGAGUGCUGUCCGGCUCUGGGUUCGCGCACGCGACGCUCCAGCUCGCGGUGGAGCCACGAGCCCCCUCGGCAGAGCAGCCGCGCUCUCGCUCCGGCGCCGAUUCCUCCACCGCGCCGCUCCACGUGCUCGUGCUUCUCAACAACAAGCGAUUGGACCUCGCCGACCAGCAGCAGUUCGUCGCCGGCUGCGCGUGCUUCGAUGCGAUCAAGCGCGCGCGCGGGUGGAAGAAGCACCUGGGUUCAUCGCUGACGUCGCCAGGGGAUGGCGGGCUCCGAGUGGGCUCAGAAGGCGACGACGCCGUCCGCUGCGGCUGGCUCUGCCUCCACCUGCGAAGCCCCAACGUUCACUUUUCCGAUGCAUCGAGGAGGCGCAUCAUGCCGGCGAAGCACCUCCCCUCUGCCAUCAACGCUGCGCUUGACGGCGCUCUCACACAGGUGUGCGCCCGCCUCGCACCGCACGGCGUCAAGCUCUCGCGGGCCGAGCAGCGUCUGCAGGAGGCGCGCGCGUACGCCGCUCACAUCGCCACCGCGAUGGCGGACAUUCUCAACCUGGCCGCUCAGCAGCCGGGCCGGGAGAUGGGCGAGGGGAGCAGCUGUGCCACGCUGGAGCGGGAGCUCAUGCAGCUGCUGCGCCUCGCCUGA